AGCUGAGGGGCGGGUGCGUCUGCGCCGGAAGUGCCUGCCAGACAGUAAAUAAGCCCAGAAAAAGGAGAAAAGAAGCUGUCUCCAUCUUGUCGGCUCGCGCUGGGCUGGUGACGCAGCGGCGAUGGGGAGCGUUCUGGGGCUGUGCUCCGUGGCGAGCUGGAUUCCGUGUUUGUGUGGCAGUGCCCCGUGUUUGCUGUGCCGAUGCUGCCCCAGUGGGAACAACUCCACUGUGACUAGAUUGAUCUACGCACUUUUCUUGCUUGUUGGAGUAUGUGUAGCUUGUGUAAUGUUAAUACCAGGAAUGGAAGAACAACUGAAUAAGAUUCCUGGGUUCUGUGAGAAUGAGAAAGGUGUUGUUCCUUGUAAUAUUCUGGUUGGCUACAAAGCUGUGUAUCGCCUGUGCUUUGGCCUGGCCAUGUUCUAUCUUCUGCUCUCUUUACUCAUGAUUAAAGUGAAAAGCAGCAGUGACCCUAGAGCAGCAGUCCACAAUGGAUUCUGGUUCUUUAAAUUUGCUUCAGCAAUUGCAAUUAUCAUUGGCGCGUUCUUCAUCCCUGAAGGCACUUUCACAACUGUGUGGUUUUAUGUAGGCAUGGCGGGUGCCUUCUGUUUCAUCCUUAUACAACUAGUUUUACUUAUUGAUUUUGCCCAUUCUUGGAAUGAAUCGUGGGUUGAAAAAAUGGAAGAAGGGAACUCAAGAUGCUGGUAUGCAGCCUUGCUGUCAGCUACAGCUCUGAAUUAUCUGCUGUCCUUGGUUGCCGUCGUCCUGUUCUUUGUCUACUAUACUCACCCAGCCAGCUGUGCGGAAAACAAGGCGUUCAUCAGUGUGAACAUGCUCCUCUGCAUUGGCGCAUCUGUAAUGUCUAUUCUGCCCAGGAUCCAAGAAUCACAACCAAGAUCUGGCUUGCUACAGUCCUCAGUAAUUACAGUCUACACAAUGUAUUUGACAUGGUCUGCUAUGACUAAUGAACCAGAAACAAAUUGCAAUCCAAGUCUACUAAGCAUUAUUGGCUUCAAUACCACAAGGCCAAUCCCCAAGGACGGGCAAUCUGUUCAGUGGUGGCAUCCUCAAGGGAUUAUAGGACUCAUUCUCUUCCUGCUGUGUGUGUUUUACUCAAGCAUCCGUACCUCCAACAACAGUCAGGUGAAUAAGCUGACUCUAACAAGUGAUGAGUCAGCACUGAUAGAAGACGGGAACGGCCGGAGUGACGGGUCACUAGAUGAUGGCGAUGGCGUCCACCGAGCUGUGGAUAACGAAAGGGAUGGCGUCACCUACAGUUACUCCUUCUUUCAUUUCAUGCUCUUCUUGGCUUCACUUUACAUCAUGAUGACUCUCACCAACUGGUACAGGUAUGAGCCUUCUCGUGAGAUGAAGAGUCAGUGGACAGCAGUCUGGGUGAAAAUCUCUUCCAGUUGGAUUGGCAUUGUGCUGUAUGUCUGGACAUUGGUGGCACCUCUUGUUCUUACAAAUCGGGAUUUUGACUGAAUGGGACAUCUGGCAUGAGUCCCACUUUGGCCAUUGUUUAUUUGACUGUAACAGUAUUCCCAAUUUUUGUAAAGUUGUAUGUGCUCUUGUGUAACACUGUUUCUUGCAUGAAAUAGGUUUACUCUGCCAUUUUAUCCAUGUUCUUGCUAAGUGUAUUGAUGAUAUGAAUUGCAAAGGGAGAAUUUUGAAUAUGGUGGGAAAUUAGGAAAGAUAGACACUGAUAAGCAUAUCAUCUACUCUGUACAUAUGGGAUUAAAACUGAAAACAAAUAUUCUUGACAAUUGGGUUUCAAAGUUGUGUUAGAACUUUAAGUGUAUGGCUGGCUGCCUUUUGAAAUACUUGUGUUGUUGCCUUACAGAGGACUACAAAUACAAAGCAAAUAGCUGUUUUAAAAUUAUGUAAAUAAGUCACAAACUACUUUAAUUUUGCCAGAAUUUUCUCUUACUAGGCCCAGGAUGCUCCAUGUUUAGUGGAAAACAGUGUAGAAGUAGAGGGAAGCUAAGCUAAGACAAGAGCCUUCACAGGAGUCACUGCUAAUGGGUGAGCAAGCACAGAUCAUGGCUUUUCUCUGUAUAAAGUAUGCCUUCACAAACAUGGCUUGUUCUUUGUGAACACACAAUUAGGGAUUUUAUGGAGAUGUUAAUUUUGCAUUUAGACAAGGUUUUAAAAAGGAUAUUCUGUUGGAAAAAUUUGAAACUCAAAGUUUCAACUAGCUCAAAAGCCAGUGACAAAGUUGGAUACCAAAAAUAGCCAACACUAUGACAUAAGAAUUUUGUGUUCAAAAUGUACAAUUCACUUUAUAAAUUAUUAAUGGUAGAUACAUUUGUGUAAAAUGUUCCUGCUGUCCAGCAUGUUUUUUUUUUUGUUAUUGUUUUGUUUUUUUAUCCAAACACAAGACCAGGAAUAGACCUGAGGAACAGACAACUUACAUUACACUACACAUUUAACCAUGCUUAAAAUGUCUGUAUUUACUGCCAUGCAAUUGAUAUAGUUCAACUUGAAAAUCAGUAUGCCACUUAAUUUAGAUAAAAAUGCUUAUUUAUGUUAGUAUCUAGCUAAAGCUUUUAAAGAUCUACAUGCUUCUUUAAAAAUAUUUAUUGUGCAAAUGGAAUAUAGCAAUUCAUCUUAAUUUUCCAACCUUAUUCUGUUACUACUUUCACGAUUUUGAAUGGCUGUGUGCUAUCUCUUGAAUAAAUGAAUUCAAAGAAAAUGUGUGGUGUUAGCUCUUUAGCAUUACAAAUUUAGGUGGAUUUAACUCAAGAUUCUUCCUUCCACCAGCUUUUUUUUUUUAAAGGUUGUGGUCAGUGUUUUUCUCUGGCGGACAAUUUUGUCUCAGAAUUUCUAUUGCUGUGAUAAGACAGUGACCAUAAGUAAUUGGGUAAGAAAGGUUUAUUUCAUCUUACAGUUUGAAGUCCACCAUCCAGGGAAGUCAGGGCAGGAACGAAUGCAGGGCCUCGGAGUGCUGCGUGUUGGCUUGCUGCCUGUGACUCUGUCUGCUUAUUUUAUAUAGCAUUCCAGAACCACAGGCCUGGGGAGUAGAGGGAUGACACCACCUCAGUUGGCUGGGCUCUCCAUCAAGGUGAUUUCAGACUUGCCUACUAGCCAAUAUAAUUGGGAUGUUUUCUCAAUUGAAACCUUCUAUUCCCAAAUGCCUAUUUGAUAAAAUAUCUGUAUCCCGGAUAGGGGGUUUUCAGAGGGGAAACAAGGAAAGGAGAGAUAACUUUGGUCUUUAUAAUGGAACACAUGAGAAGACUUAAUAAGUUUAUUUUGGCUUAUAAGUCUGCAGAUUCCAGUACAUAAUUAAGUGUCCUAUUUCUUUGGAGUGUCAAGGUAUCAUACCAGUGAGAAUAUAUAGCAGAGCAAGAUUCUGGACUCUUUGGCCCUCAAAAUGGACUAGGAUUAUAUAAUCUUCAAGGGUCUGCCCACAAGAUCUCACCUUCUGAAGUUUCCUGGGAACACACUUCAACAUGGGAACAUUUGGCAUGCAGUUCUAGCAGUUGCCAAACUUUGGUAUAUUUUAUUUGUAAAUUCUUUAUAGAGUUUCAAGAGUAUUUAGGCAAACAAUUUGUGUGUGGGUGUGUGAGAGACAUGAGGCCAGAGGAGGACACUGGAGUACCUGGAGCUAGUGAACUGCCUGACAGAACUGAACUCUGGUUUCUAGCUAUUACAACUGUAACAGCCAAACCUAGACAAUGGAUGCCUUUUGGAGGAUGAAUGAUUAAACAUGGGGUAUAAGCUAAGUAGUAAGCAAAUAGCUAACUCAAAUUCUGGGUUAGUGAAAAAAAAGUCAUGAAACGUGGAAAUGCCUUGUCUAGAAAUACUACUUGUAGCUUGCCUUACAAACUGAACUUUAACCUGUGACCGACUUAGUAAGACAACUUUGAGAACAUUUAGAACCAUGUACUCAUUCUGAUCUGACAUGUUUACCAAGCCAGUGUAAGAUUAACUUUUAUUAAAGACAAUGUAAUCAAUCUUA